AUGAGGCCUGAUAUGGAGGAAAUGAAGAGAAGGAUGGCGGGGAUCGGAUUCCGCCGCUCCAUCUCCUUCUCAGCCGUACCCCACCCCUUCAGCCAACCCUGCCACCGCUCCGCCCGAGGCGCUGCGGAGCUCUCCUUCAGAGCACGCUCCGUCAGCCUGCCCGCUCGCCUCCACCCCCUCGCCGACCACCUCCGCCCCGAACUCUGCGCCCUCCGUUCCUGGUGCCCGUCCCCUUCUCCCGCCUCGCUCUCAGACGGACUCGUGCGCGUCCAGCUCCUCCUCGCAGCCCUCCCCGACCUCCUCGGCCUUCCCCAGGCUCAGGACCCACUCCGACGACGCCGCCGCUACUCUCGGCUAGCUGACCGCCUCCUCGACGACCUGCUCCGCCUCGCCGAUGCCCACGCCUCCUUCCGCUCCGCCGCUCUCGACCUGAAGCACCGCCUCUCUGCCACCCGCGCCGCCCUCCGCCGCCGAAACGACGGGCUUCGUCUCUCCUCCUGCCUCCGCUCGCAGCGCCGGGUUGAGAAAGAGCUAUUCAAGCUGGCUUCCUUAAUUCGCGUCGUCGGACGGUCGCCGCCGCUGUUCACGGGCUCGGCAGACGAAGAGGAGGCGGAGCUGGCCAAAGUAAUGAAAGAGGUGAUCACAGUAACGGCUGCAACCUCGGCAGCGGUCUUCAAUGGAGUCGCAGCUCUAUCGGCCUCCACGACGAUGGCUACACCUGCUUUGCCGCCGACAUGCACGUGGGUGGCUGCAGUGAUGAGGUGGAGAGAGAGGGCGAGGUUGAAGCUGUUGAAGAAGGGAGGAGGGACAGAGAAGAGCAAGGAGGUGGAGGUGGACGAGGAGGACGAGGAGGAGGAGAUGGGGGCGUUGGAAAGGUUGGUGGAAUUGGAGGAUUGCAUGGCAGAGAUGGAGAAGGGUAGCGAGCUGGUGUUUAGGACUCUCGUCAACACCCGUGUUUCCCUCCUCAACAUUCUCACUCCCGGCUUCUAA